AAAAAAAUUAAAACAAAUAUGGCUGAGAGUACUCAAGAGGAGUUGAACGGUUUCACUGAGCAACCCAUAUCUCAAGCAAGAGUAGUUGUUUGCAAAUACUCUGCUAUACAAAACAGUAUUUCUGAGGGGAAAGAUGAUAUUGCUUGUGUUGAUUCGGAGAAGUUCAAGGAAAUUAUGAAUCAAAUUGAAAACUCUCAUAAUGAAGUAAAAAAGCCAAGAGAGCAAGUUGCAGAUGCAGAGGCAUUGUUUGAUCUCACCAGAACUUUGGUGGCUUCAGUUAGAUCACAUUCUGCUGAUGAUGUUACACCUUAUAUAUUCAUUUCCUCUUUGCUCGAAGCCUUCGGGCCACAAAGUGCAAAACAUCAAAAAGGGCUCUCUCCAAAUGAAGAUACUGUAGGUUGGAAGAAACUUGGGCUUGCUGUUUCACCAAUUUUUAGGAAUGGAAGAGGUUGCCACACAAUGAUUGGACCCAUGAACUGUGAAGUUAAGCAACGUAAGUAUACUAUACGUAAACCACACACAAGGGUUUACUUGCAUGCUCAACCUCAAGAGCUUGACGUUAUGGAGGAGAAAACAGAUACAGACAGCAACAUAUCAACUAUGUUUCAAAUCCUAAGGGAGAAGAAGAGAGUUAAGCUUGAGUAUCUCAUAGUGAACAGAAAAUCUUUUGCGCAAAGCAUUGAGAAUUUAUUUGCGCUAUCUUUUCUAGUGAAAGAUGGACGGGUUGUCAUAGAUGUCGAUGAAAAUGGAUCUCACUUUCUUUCUCCAAGGAAUGGUCCUGAUGCCAAUUUAGUUAAGUCUGGUGAAGUUAAAUACAGCCACUUCGUCUUCAGAUUAGAUUUUGCUGAUUGGGAGCUGAUGAAGAAUGCAGUACCAGAAGGAGAAGAGCUGAUGCCAAACAGGAACAUAUUGGUGAAUCCAGUCUUUACUGAAGCUAAUGAACCAAACAGAGAGAUAUUGGUUAAUCCAGUCAUUACUGAGGCUAAUAAGCGAGUUGCGAUGGAUAAUUGUCAACGAAUGUUACCUAUCACUUGGGUCAAGAAAUUGUCAAGGAACCGAGGCAAGGUAUUACACAAAGCUUCAGAAGUUGAUAGUAACUCCCCUGAAAUUGGUGAUGCCAGCAUUGGCAGUGGCAGCCUGAAGAGGAAGCUGCUAUGAGAUGUAGCUAUAAGUUAAACCUUUAACUCUCCAUUGGUUGUGAACAUGAUUGUAUAUUUUAAUUAGGCUAUUUUUGAAUGUGUAAAGCAACUGGAUCUGAGACUUCCCAUAUAUUUACUAUAUUAAGUUCUAUCAUUAAUGCUUUAA